AUGAACAUCCGCCACUUCCACUCGGACCAGCAGCCAUCGGAGUGGCCAGUGUUGUUCGAGCCGCCGGCCUUGUCGCAACAAGGGUCCUCAGCUCGCUGCUCCUGGCGAGGCCGGUGCCGAGGACUGACCGGAUCUCAGCCAAUCGCGCCACAAUCCAACUGGUCCUUGCAGCAUGUCUACAACGCGCUCGCGCUGAUUCAGGUCGUCGUGCUCGUGCUCGUGCUCGGAAGACUUAUCAGCCGCGCCACGCCGUCUUCGGCGGCCCGAUCCGGCGGAGGAUGCGGAGGCACGUUCGCCUACUCGGUCGGCGUGCAGCGGCAGGACAGCCUCCUGAACACGACGACGACGACGACGACGACCUGCUACCCGCGUACAGCUACCGGGAGGUUGGGUAUGCCGCGUGGCGGUCACCUGCGCGUACAACGGCAGCAGUCAGUUCGGGCUCAUAGACAGCGACAACUCGUGGGCACCUCGCUCAACAACAGCAUUGGCGACUACACAGCGGCGCAUGAUGACACCGGCAGGAAACCACCACCAACUCUACAAGAGGCGACCCUGUGCAGCCUCGAGUCCGCCCGUCUCCGUUAUGGUCGACGACGUGAUCAUGGCGUGCGGAGCGGGUAA